AUGGAUUGGACACUCAUAAGCGGAAUCUCCCAUUGUUACCCGGCAGUCUCCCCAGAAAUACCUGCCACGACAGUCUCAGACGUCGCCAAACGAUGCCACCUCUCGUUGAGCUCGAUCUACAGCAAAUUCCAGAAAGACAUCGAGCACAUCAACUCUGACCUCGUUCCUGACUUGUCGUCCAUCAUAACACGUCAGAGAUCCAUGGUGACGGUCGCCGAUGUCACUUCAAAGACGACAUACAGCACACCAAGCCGGCUGAACUCGCUGAUCAGUCUCGAAAAACAGAACAGGGAGACGAUUUCCCAGGUUCACGAUCUGAUCAAGGAUGUACCGGAGUGGGCCUCGGCUCCACAGGUCGUUCACGAUAGCCCCAGUCUAUGUGCCACGACAUUGGAAAAGCAGUGGAUGGACUUGGCCUUGAUAUAUCUUCUGUCGAGACCUCAAAUGCUGAAUAACUCGGGUGUGAAGUGUCAGAGCCGAAUACUCAUAUACCAGCGACAGUGCUUGUCCAAAAGACUAGACGUCUGGAAACAGAAGCUGGCGGUCAGUCAAGAAGAAGACUGCUAUAUCACGGAACCAAGCGACUGGUCUUCUACUCAACCCUCUGCGGGUAUGAUGACGCCCCUGGAAGGCUGGAGCGAUGUCAAUAGCGAAACUACCGAGAGAGCUCCCGAAGACGCGGCCCCCAUCGAGUAUCUAGAGUUGAUCAACGCCGCUGAACAGACCGUAGAGUUCACGAGGUAUCUGGGAGCGCUCAUGAAGGUCAACUCCCGCAACAGAGACAGAUUCGUGGGAAUCUUAGGAGAGAAUUGUGCCGAAGCGACCGGAAUAUUACACAACAGAUACUCGCACCUCGUCAACAAUUUGGCAAAGCUUUUGCACGUACCGCAGCAAGAGCCGUCGCUGGAGCAUGUUCCAUCAGUCCUUGGUUCUCCUCUGGCUUCAUCUACACCUGACCAGGCUGCACACUUGCAGAGCUCAGAAUAUCCAGAUAUUGGUGAAUUCAGAAUCCUUUCGCCUAAACCAUAUCGCUCCAACUCUUCUGAUAUCGAAGAUAUGCCGCACAACUGUUCACAGCCCGAAGACCAAAAGUCUCUCUCCAGUAUCCCAGCUAUUAAACAAAGACACAACUCGGUUGACAUCCCAGCGUCACACUUGAAGGCAAGCCUGUUCGGUUCCGGCUCAUCAUGUUUCGCAAUCGGAAAUCGGAUCAGAUACUCGCACGAGUUUAUCAAUACAACUAGGUGCAUGUAUUUCGCCUUUAUCCCCUUGAUCGCCGAGUUCUAUGGCAUGGGAUUCGCCUUUCAGGACAUUGGGCGCAUCUGGUCCGAUUCACAUGUUCAAAGGCUGUGGACGGAGAACGCGACACACACAGCCAAGACUGUACAAGAAGUUGUUCAAGAGAUAGCAACAAGCGUUCGAGAGGUCGCCAAUCAAUGCAAAGCUUGGACUGUCGUUGUUCCGGACCGCGUAUUCUACGACUUGCAAAAAUAUCAGAUCCGAUUGCAGAGACAGCAACUCAUCCUCAACCUCUUGGUGCUUAUCAUGCGUAUCUUGUCAUCCAGUGAGGAGCCCGGCCAAAACUAUUGUAGUCGCCAUCCGGAGAAUAUAAGUUUUGAAAAUGAAGAAUUCUUGAAAGCUUGUCGAGACCUUGCUUCGACUGUCGGUAUAAGACAAGAGAUCAAGAAAAAACUGCUGAAGAUCGUCUCGUCAAGUUCAAAGGACGAGGAAAUUAUUGUCAAUACGGCCGAAGAAGAAAUGCCCGAUGCAGACAACUGGUCGUCCGGGGGAUCAUCAGCGGGCAGCGUAUCUCCAAAAGACGACUGGAGUGAUGCUGAGAGCGAUAGCUCUGGUAGUAGUUCUUCAAGUCUAUCGUCACCAUUCGAACCAACGCACGAGUGUCAAAACGCUGAUCCGACCAAGGACCAACAGGACAAAACCACUGGAGAUAGUAUUUUGGAGAUUAUGUUGGAUGGUUUUGAAGAUGGGGUCAAGCGAGAAGAGAACUGGUCGGUGGAAGCGUUGGUAGCCAGAAAAGGGGACCUUGCGAAGUUGGCCUUCCAUUGGACCAACGUGGAGAAUUUCGCAGGUCUCCGAAGGCCCGACCCGAUCCCUGCUCAUUGA